AUGGCAGUAGAAUUGGCCACGACUUCUGGCAAUUUGGAACAUGAAGAAGAUGAGCAAGAACAACUUUUAGAAGAAGAAGAAUGCGAAGAAAGUCCUCAUGAGACCAAUUGUGGGGUUGUAAAGUAAGUUUUUGCCGUUUCUUUGUUUUGUAAAGAAAGUUUUUGUAACUUUUGGUUUUGUAAAGAAAGUUCUUACUAGUUUUAGUUUUGUAAAGAAAGUUCUUGCUAUUUUUUUAAAAAAAAACGUUUUCAGUCCAUACAUGAACCCUAGGGCGCAACAUGGCGAAGCCUACGAGCCAACUCGCCUGGAGCACUUGGCUAACACCUUCACUCAUGGAAUUGCCAUAAUACCAUCACUGGUCAUCACGAGGAUAUUGAUUGAUGCUGCUUACAGGGAACUCCAACAACAUCUCAUGGUCAUGUACGGGUUUUUUACUACUGUAAGUUUGGUUAUGUACUUGUACAUAGUGGUUACUUUGGUUAAAUGAACCUACCCCUACCCCUACCCCUACCCCUACCCCUACCCCUACCCCUACCCCUACCCCUACCCCUACCCCUACCCCUACCCCUACCCCUACCCCUACCCCUACCCCUACCCCUACCCCUACCCCUACCCCUACCCCUACCCCUACCCCUACCCCUACCCCUACCCCUACCUCUACCCCUACCCCUACCCCUAUUCCUAUCCCUACCCCUUACUAUAGCUCACUUUACUCUAAACUACAGUACCCUAACUUUCAGUUACUCUUUACUGCCUCCACCGCCUAUCACUUUUGCGAAUUGCUAUUCCGACCAGACAAACGAACAUUACGGUACUAUCUUCACAUCACCGACCGUAUCACCAUCUACUUCUUCAUAGCCUCCUCAGCUACACCGUGGCUAACCCUACGCCAUGCCGACACGAUAGGAGCCCAUCUGAAGUGGAUCAUCUGGGUGAUAGCACUAAUAGGCAUAGCCUACCAACUCAAGUACCACGAGCGCUACAAAACCAUAGAGACGUGCUUCUAUGUUGUAGUAGCCUCGAUCCCAUAUGUUGGUAUCAUCACGAUGAACGACCGAAACGGAAUGCCACUAAUGAUUCUGGGCGGGUUGGUUUAUGUGGUUGGUACUGUAUUCUUUAAAAUGGAUGGAAUUGUACCGUUCGCUCAUGCUAUCUGGCAUCUUCAUGUUGUUGUAGGUAAGUCUGGGGUUGAUUUUUUGAAAGGAUGGAUGGGCGGGGGUGAGGAGUGAGGGAGGGUUUUUGAUUUUAGAAUGGGUAGUGCGGUGAGAGGGGUUUGAUUUAAAAGAAGUAGGGCUUAUAUUUUUGGGUGAGGGCGGGGGAAAGUGAAAAAAGUUUUGAUUUGGGCAGGGUAAAUUUUUUUGUUGUAAGGCAGGGUAAAUUUUUUUUUGUUGGGUAGGUUUAAAAGGUUUUGUCUAAAGAGGAGGGGUAAAAAAAAUUUUUUGCGGGGUGGAUAAAAAAAUUUUUUUGUAGAGUUAGGUAGGGUGGGGUAAAAAAUAUUUUUUGGUGGGUAGGAGUUGGAAAUAUUUUGCUUUUGGCGGGUAGGGUAAUAAUGUUUUUUUGGAGUAGGAGGGGUGGAGCAAAAAAAUUUUUUUUGUGAUGAGGGCGGGGUAAAAAAAAUUAUUUCUUACAAUUUUAGGAGCAUCAAUUCACACGUACGCGGUAUACACAAGUCUUAUUGGUCCCGACCCGAACAAUCCCAUGCCUCCAGUUGAAUUUUAA